UCUUUAUGUAAGUGGGAAAUCUCAUAUUUUCUUCUGAGGAAGACAUGUGUAAAAGAUAAGAUCCCCACUUUAUCUUUUCUGUCUUAUUGUAUUAAGACUCCUCUAUAUAAGAGAAGUCUUGAGUAAUGUAGGGAGCAAGUUUCCUUUAUCUAUCAAGAAAUAAAAUUCUCCUUAUGGCUUUCUAAACUCUUCAUCUCUUUCUCUCGAUCCUUUAGUUAUGAGCUAUUAGCUUGCACGAUCUAUUCUUUUAUGAUUCAAAAGGACUAACUCGGCUAUAAGAGUCCAAAAGAGCACAAAGACCUCUCAUGGCAAAGCUGCCUCUAUACGGUCUUAGCUUGAGGAUUUAUCUUGCCUUGAGUUUACAGUAUGAGAAUCAUCAGAAUGAACAACUCUCGGCUUCAAUUGAAUCUUUUAGAUUGGUAGUAAUUUUAUUUUAUUUACUUAUUUAUAUUAUAUUAUUUUAAUUAAUAAAUAUAAAUAUUUUGAAUUUGUCUUUCUUAUUAUUAUUAAAAUCUUUUAAUUUUUUUAUAUGGAGUUUUUUUAUUUUUUUUGCUGUGGAAAUUUUGAUUUCAUUUAUAGAGCUUUUUAUUAUAUAUUUUAUGAAAUUUAAAUAUUUCUUUAUGGAUGCAAAUAAAAAAUUUUAUGAAGCUGCAAUAAUGAUAGUAAAAAAGUUUUUGUUGAUGUUCUUAUAAUCAGACUCAUUUAAGAAUUAAAGAGUCAAUUGUGGUUUAAAAUAUCCAUUGAGUGAAACACUCAGAUCAUCGAGUUGUAAGUUAAAAUGGCUUUAUUAACGCGAUUGAAGUAUUUACAUGAGAUUUUUUUUUUUACUUUUUGAUGGUAUUGAUAUUUAUUUUUAUUAUUGAUCAAUUUAUACAUUUUAUUUUUUAAUAAAUGACAGAUUCAUAAUUUCUAUUAAAAAAAUUUAACAACAAAUAUAAACAAUAAAUUUAAACCUAUAUCCAUCCGUUUAUUGCUUAACCAAAUAAAAGAACUUUUUAUUAGAUUUAAAAUCAGAACCGUUGGUCUGAUUAAUUCUUGUGCAGGAUUGAAUAAUGAUACAAGAUUCUACCAUACAUUUAGUCAUAAAAGAAGGAAAGAAAAAAAAAAAAAAGAAGAAGAAGAGAGAAAUGAAUAGAAAAUUAAGCAUUACUUGUGGACAGCUAUUUUUUAAAGCAAAUUAUAGAAUAAAGUAAUUUAAUCCUUUAAAGUUAUUAACUUCUGUAUCUCAAACAAAAGCUAUAAGCUACUUAAAUUUUUUAUUAAAACAAAAAAGAAAAAAGCAAAAGAAAAAGAAAAAGGAGCUGCUCAAACUCAACCCUUAAUGCUUAACACCACAAACACUAAUUCACUACCUCAAAAUUAAAUAGAAAAUGUCUUCCACAACUAUGUUAGUAAUCUUCAUGUUAGCCUUAUUCUUGGCCUUUUCAAUUACUGCCAAUGCUGUCCAUUACUCUCGUUGUAGCGGGUCUUUCUUUCAGCUCAUAACCCAGAAAAAGAACCUCACGAACUGCAAGAAAUUAACCACUCUUGGAGCUGAAUUUGGCUGGUCAAUCAACAAAAACAAUGACCACCAAAUUGAGAUAAUUUUCGCUGCAAGAUUAUAUGCCGAUUAUGGAUGGCUAGCCUGGGGUGUCAAUCCAGAGAAGAUGCCGCAGAUGGUUGGAACCAGGGCAGUAGUAGGUAUUAGACACGAGAAUGGAUCAUCCAUCAUUGAAACCUACAAUAUCACAAGUGAUACCAAACUGGGUUGUAAGCUAACCCCUACAAGUUUCAAUGUUGAAGCUCAAAACGAAGUGAUUUUCCGAAAUAUAGCAAUGGAGUAUUUGGAUGACUUAGACUACUAUUCUAUACAAGCUAGUGUAGUGCUUCCGUCUGCAGCUUAUGAUGUUUCUAAGUUGAACCACGUUUGGCAAGUUGGAUAUGACCUAGCCGGUACGAAUCCUAAGAACCAUCCCAGAGCCCUCCAGAAUGUUGACAGUACAGAGACUCUUAACUUGAUGACUGGGAGACCGGCACGCCACGUUGGAAAACAUCGGCAAUACUUAAGAACGGUGCAUGGUAUACUUAAUAUUGUGGGAUGGGGAGCAGUCUUGCCUGCUGGUGUGAUGAUUGCGAGAUAUUUCAAGUACCCAUUAGACAUGAACAAGUGGUGGUUUUGUCUUCAUGUCUCCUGCCAAAUUAUCGGAUACAUUCUUGGAACUACUGGCUGGAUCAUUGGGUUGUGUCUUGGCAGUGCUUCUAAAUUCUACAUCUUCAGAACUCACCGCCUUUAUUCCAUGUUCAUAUUCGCAUUUACAACAUUGCAGAUGUUCGCGCUGCGCUUAAAACCAGAGAGGACUGACGAGUAUAGGAAGUACUGGAAUAUGUAUCACCAUUUUACGGGGUAUGCAUUGCUUGCUGUGAUCUCAAUAAAUAUAUUCCAAGGGAUUGACAUUUUGAAGCCAGACAAAACUUGGAAAUGGGUUUACACUGCAAUCCUUAUAGCUAUUGCUGCCAUUGUCGCAGCCCUUGAGAUCUAUACCUGGACUAAGUUUAAAAGAAAUACUAGGAAGACGACUGCUGUACAACAGGAGGGACCUACUUCUUCUUCUACCGAUCUGGCUCCUCCACCACCACUUCCAUGACGAUGCAGCGAUUCGGUUGCUAAAUUCAUCUUGACGUACAAAUUGAUCUUUCAUUUUUUAUUUAUUUAUUAUCAUAUUCCUUUCUUCCUUAUCCAUCUUGUCUCUCUGGUGGCUACUGGAAUCUAAUAGUUAUAUUUUUUGCUUUGUAUACUUUUUUCUUUUUUUACUUUUCAUUUUUGUGCCACGACUGAAGUUUUAUUGAAAUCUGGGAAGCUCGUCGAUGGAAAUUGAUUUAAUGUUGUUA